AUGGCGAUUUCCCUUACCAAAGGGAGUGGUGGCGUUGAGUUGACGGCCAUUUCGACUCCCACUGGCGAUGCACGGGAUAAUUUGGCUCUUGCGAAAUUGGGAAAGAAGGCAGUUCUUAAACGGCGAUUUGGCUUUCUUUCUCUACUGGGCUACAGUUGCACCGUCUUGAUUACGUGGGAGGCCUCACUAGGAUUGUUCCUCAUUGGACUGCAAAAUGGUGGUCCAGCAGGCGUCAUUUACGGAUACAUUAUUGUCUGGACUGGUACCAUCUCUACGUUCGCCGUGAUGUCAGAACUGGUGUCUCUAGCACCAACCUCCGGUGGGCAAUAUCACUGGGUGUCCAUGUUGGCCCCGAAAAGUUCACAAAAAUUGCUUAGCUAUAUCUCCGGAUGGCUUACAUUGUGUGGUUGGCUAGCUGCCUAUGGAUCCGGGAGUUUCCUCACAGGUGGCCAGAUCCAGGCUCUCAUUACGCUCUGCAAUCCCGAUACCUACACACCCCACGACUGGCACAUUCUACUUCUCUACUGGGCUGUCGUUGCAUUUUCGGUUUUCAUCAACGUUGCGGCAGGUUGGUUACUACCGAAAUUCGAAGGCGGACUUUUGAUUCUUCAUCUCGUUGGAUUUUUCGCCAUCUUGAUACCAAUCCUUGUGCUUGGUCCUCAGGGUGAUGCAAAGGAGAUCUUUACUACGUUUGCCAAUCUUGGUGGUUGGAGCUCACAAGGACUGUCUUUCUGCAUUGGACUCAUGGGGAGCGUUUUUGCGUUUGCUGGUGGUGAUGGCCCAAUUCAUCUGUCGGAAGAGAUUCGGAAUGCUCAAGUAAUUGUUCCUCGGUCGCUCAUGGCCGGUGUUUUGAUCAAUGGAUCCAUGGGCCUAGUAAUGAUUAUUGCGGUUCUGUUGCGUAUGGGCGACUUGGAUGCUGUCCUCGAGGAAAGCCCAGCGUUCCCGUUCGUCGCAAUUUUCCAUCGUGCAGUCCAGUCGAGGACUGGAGCGGCAGUUAUGCUGUCUAUAGUCGUUAUCAUGGUGAUCGCUUGCGGCGUUGGGCUUUCGGCAUCUGUGUCACGAGUCUGCUGGGCGUUUGCAAGAGAUCGGGGACUCCCUGGCUGGCGUAUGCUUAGCAAGGUCAGUGACAGGACUUCGAUCCCGGUGAACGCAGUAAUUUUUACCAGUGUUACGGCAUGCCUUCUUGGUGUCAUCAAUCUAGGUUCUAUUGCUGCCUUCAACGGAAUCAUCUCCGUUGCAAUUGCGGGAUUAUACGCAUCGUACUUGUUAACCGCAUCCCUUCUGCUCUAUCGGCGUUGUACUGGAGCUAUUGUCGCAAGCAGCGAAACGUUCGACACGGAAUCGCCAACAACAACCAACGAUGGUAUGGUACGAGCCAGCUGGGGUCCCUGGAGAGUCCCUGGGCCAUGGGGAAUUGCCAAUAAUGCAUUUUCAUGCAUGUACCUCUCGCUUAUUUUCUUCUUCAGCUUUUGGCCGUCCUUUAAGGCGGUGACAGUCGCAGAUAUGAACUGGUCGAUCCUCGUGACUGGCACGAUUGCGAUAUUCAGUACGAUCUACUACCUUGUUUGGGCUAAAAAGACGUACCACGGCCCAGUUGUUGAUAUCGAUGCAUUGCAGGCACAGCAAGUGUAUGGGAACCAUUAG